UGUGUUUUUCUUGACAAAACAAAAAGUUCUCUGCUGCAAACGUUUUAAAAGUUAUUUAUACUCGUCAAAAGUUAAUUUCCUCCUURAAUGGAAUAAUUUAACGCUUCCUUGCGGACUUCAAGGUAUUUUUAUGAACUCAAAAUGGCUCAUCCGGCCAGAAUAAAGAAACAAACUGAGCACCUCAACUUUGGCAAAGCUUUUGACGGAAUUCCAGCUGAGAUACGAAGUGCAGCACAUGAAGUCACUAGAAGACGACAAGGAGUAGAAGAAGCUCUGAAUCACACAGAUGAUUUGUCGGAAACAGUCAUGAACUAUUUAGUGGAGUAUCUGACAGUACGGGAUACCCUUCAGAGCAUCAAGAAGAAGGCUCGUAGCAGCUCAAGACUCAGAUUCAAGUGGACUAACUUUCUGCAUGAGGAUAAAGUAACAUCAGAUGAUGUUGAAUUUGAUGUUGCAUCUCUGCUUGUUGCUGUGGGAUUAUGGCACAUGGAUCAUGCUAAUCAGUUGAACUUGAGCAUGAAGGAAGAUGAAGAAAAUGAAGAUAAAAUGAAGGAGUCAUUGCAGUCUUUAAAGACUGCUGCAGGAAUAUUUGAAUGCCUGAAAUCUCUGGGUCAUGUAUCYCAUGGCAACAAAGAUAUUGAUGCAUCAUCAAUUAGAGCCCUCCAUUUACAAUCUCUUGCUGAAGGACAGUGUGUCACAAUUGACAGAGCCAUCAAAAAGGGACAUAAGGCAUCUCUUGUCAGUCAACUUUGUGCCGAUGUGGCUGAGAAAUAUUCAUCUGCAGCAAAACAACCUGAUGAGGAGCAUCACUUAGAACACAAAUGGGCCACGUACCUGAAAUUCCAAUCUGAAACAUAUCUAGCACUUUCAAGGUGUUUUCAAGGCAUCCAUCUCUUAGAGACAGAAGAAAGGUGUGGAGAUGCAAUUGCAGUUUUAAWUGAAGCAACUAAACAUGUUGAACAAGCCUUAACACUUGCUAAAGAAUAUGACAAAAUCAAGCCCAAAACCAAGAUACAUCUAGGCGAAACAGCAAGCUUUGUAAGAACAAGGAAACUUGUAACAGAGAAAAAGGCAAAGUGUGACAGGGAAAACAGUAUGAUAUUCCAUCAAAAAAUCCCUGAGGACUGUCCUUCAUUAAGUGACCCUAAGUGUUUGGUUCAAGGUACACCAUUCCAUAUACCAGAACCUCAAGACCUUACUCUCAAUUCAAGUGAAGAAGAAGUGAAAGACACCUCGACAGAUGAAGGAACAACAACUGAAGAAAAUCCUAACUAAUAGGUACUUAAACUGACAACAGAUCCAGGUAUAAAGUAUACUAGGACUUUAGGAACCAUUUUUAUUUUGAAUUACUGUAAUCAAUACUGCAGUCAUUCCAAUGAACAAUGUCUGAUUAUAUUAUUUGCCCUACUUUUUUAUUUAUUACAUUUUGUGGUAACUAAGAUGUAUUCUCAUGCACAUGCAAGUUUGUUAAUUAGGUGUGUGUGUGGGGGGGUGCAUCUGGGGGCUCUCAUUGCCUCACUUUAAAAUCAUUUUCAUCUUAAGAAUUGAACAUCAUAGACCUGUAUGGCCCUGCUCUUGCACUCUAAUAAAAUCUUUGGAAAAAGUCAUGUGAUGGGUGCCGGAUGGGUUGACGUAAGCUGUCCCAAAUUGAAAGGUUUCUUAAUUGAAUUUAUACUAUACCUGCUUUUAUCUGUACAAUACUGAUUAUCAGUAUAUUCCAAGUUAUUUUUGCGUGCACAGAUCAUCAAGAGUUUUGG